AUUGCCUCGUUGUCCCCCGACAAACCUUAAGACUCGCUCUACGGAAAUUUCAGAAUGACGGCUGGGUGGGAUCAAGAGCUCCUCUUCAACUGCACGCAUCCUGGUGCAUCAGCUAGUUUGCGCAUUUGUAGUACUUUAGCUACACAAGCAUGGAUUCCUCACAACCAGGUGUCUCGGACUUUGUCCUCGUUGAGGAGAUAUCGGAUGCAGCCAUAGUCGAAAACCUCCGAGUGCGCUUCGAGCAGGAUGUUAUCUACACGUUCAUUGGUGAAGUGGUCGUCUCUCUCAAUCCUUACAAAAACCUGCCCAUCUACGAUGCAGAAUGGGUCGCUCGAUACAAGGGAAGUAACCUCUACGAGCAUCCACCUCACAUCUACUCCAUCGCGGAACGGGCUUACCGGUCUUUGGUAACCCAAGCCCGUGACCAAUGUGUCCUCAUCACUGGCGAGAGUGGAGCCGGGAAAACGGAGGCAAGCAAGAUUAUCUUGGGCUAUGUUGCUGGAAUGGGCGAUGGCGUAAAGAUCCGGGAUAGACUUGUUAGCGCUAGUCCUUGUCUUGAAGCUUUCGGAAACGCCAAGACUGCUCGCAAUGACAAUUCGUCCAGAUUUGGCAAAUACAUGGACCUGGAGUUCGACUUUCGCGGGUCCCCAAUCGGAGGCAAGAUCACGACGUAUCUCCUGGAAAAGUCUCGAGUAGUGAACCAAUCCGGAAAUGAGAGAUCAUUUCAUAUCUUCUACCAACUGUUGGCGGGGUCCUCGGAUGAUCUCCUGACCCGCCUCUCCCUCUCGCGGACUACGACCGACUUUGCCUACCUAACAGCGCAGUCUCCUCCCGACCUCGACGACGCCGCGCAUUACCAGUCCGUCAUCAAGUCAUUCAAGGACGCUGGUGUCAGCGAUUCCACCGUUGGCGCAUGGCUCGAGAUAGUUGCGGCAGUGCUUCAUCUCGGCAACGUGAAGUUCGAAGGCAAAACCGAAGCGCCGGCUUCGGCCACCGCCCCCGCAACGGUAGAGGCCGGUGAAAAUGCAGAUCAACCUCAGCAAAACGGCGACGCGGAGAAAGAGAAGACCGCCGAGACCGUAGGCAUCGAAAGAAGUACUGUCGUCAACGAAGAGGUGUUGAGGAGGGUUGGCGCGCUGCUGGGGCUGGACGCCGAGAAGUUGGCUCAGGUGUUGACGCACCGAUCCGUGUACGAUCCUGCCAAGAAGGAGAAGAUUGUCUUGCCGCUGGGAUCCCAGCAGGCCGAGAAAACCCGAGACGCUCUUGCCAAAACCCUUUAUGGUCGCCUUUUCGAUCACAUUGUGAGCACGUUGAAUCAAUGCAUCAGCAUCGGGUCGGAAAAAGGGUACAACGUCAUUGGUGUGCUGGACAUCUACGGAUUCGAAGUCAUGGAGCAUAACGGCUUCGAUCAGUUUCUCAUCAACUACUGUAACGAGAAGUUGCAACAAGUGUUUGUAGAGCUGACGUUGAAGUCGGAGCAGGAGGACUAUCAGAAAGAGGGCAUCGAGUGGACGAACAUCUCGUACUUUGACAACGAAACGAUCUGUGACUUGAUUGAUUCGAAAAAGUCCGGGUUCAUCGCGCUCCUGGACGAAGAAAGUACCUUUGCCGGCGAACCCACCGCCAAGACCUUCCUUCACAAACUCGAUACCAACCUCGUCAAACACCCUCACUACGAAUCGCGCUCAAAGCAGGCGAGCGGAAAGCGCAAAUCCUCUUCGAACCUCCUCACAGCAUCGGCGACGCCGUCGUCCACCGCCGCCGCGCCGUCGAAGAUGCUCGCUCAUAAUGAGUUCAUGUUGCGCCACUAUGCUGGUGACGUCGUGUACGAGACGGACGGCUUUCUCGAUCGUAACGUCGACGCGUUGUGGAGGGAUGUGGUUACCACUCUUGGCGAGAGCGGGAAGAGUGUCGUCAGGGAGAUGUUCCCAGCAUUGACUGGUGUGGAUGGGGCUCCGGAUGGUGGGGAUGUUGCUUCGACAUCGGCGCGAACUAAAAGACCCGAGACGCUGGCGACGCAGUUCCGAAGCUCGAUGGGGAACCUGAUCGCGAACCUGAUGUCAAAGAACCCGCAUUAUAUUCGAUGCAUCAAACCAAAUGCAGAGAAGGCGGCAAACAAGUUUGAUGUGGAGCUUGUUGAGCAUCAAUGCAGAUACCUCGGUCUCCGCGAAAACAUCCUAGUUCGCCGCGCAGGCUUCUGCUACCGCUCGGCCUUCCCCAAAUUCCUGAACCGCUACAAACUUGUCGGAACCCACAUUUCCGUCGACCCGCGCGGCACCUGGCCAACCUACACAGGCACACCGCGCGAAGGCGUGCAAAACCUCUUGAACAGCGCGCUAGUCAGCGGCAAUGCUUACCAGUUGGGCAAGACCAAGGUCUUCAUUCGACAUCCUGACACUAUUCUGCAGUUGGAGAAGAUGAGAACGGAGCGAAAGGAGAUAUUGGCGACGCGAAUCAAGGCGGUGUGGAAGGGCAGUAAGGAUAGGAAGUCUCUUGCGAAGGAGAAGAAGAAGGUAGUGAAGUUGCAGGCGUAUGCUAGGAGGCAAUUGGAGGCAAAGCGGUACCAGAAGAUGAAGGCGUCGGCUCUUACCAUUCAACGGCAUGCUCGGGGGUAUAGGGCGCGUAAAAACUACAAAGGAAUGAAACGGACGUUACCAAAAUAUGCCGUCGUCCCCAUCCAGCGCGCAUGGCGGGUGCACGCUGGUCGCAAAUGGUUGAAGAACGUUGCCAUCGUCGCCAAGGAGGCAGCGGAAGAGUGGAAAAGCUGGGAGAGCUGGCCGGCUUUGAAACUCAAGAAUGGAAAGGUUACCCGCGAGACUGUUCAACUCUGGGCCAGGAGGAUCCAUGCGAAGCGGUUCCAGGCUAAGCUGACGUACGAGGACAAGGAGAAAUUGCACUGGAAAGCUACUGCAUUUGAGCAUUUCCAAAAGAAAGCAACCUUCCGGGAUGUUAUCAGCAAGCCUUUUGUCCUUGACCAUCUCGGAUACACAACGGACCCAGUUCUCAAGAUGAAAUGGGCGACCAUAUCCCCAGAUCCUAUCAUUUCCGCGAUCACCGCAACCAAGCUGCACCGGCACAAUCCCGGCAAAACGGCCCAACGCAUACUCAUUCUCACAGCAACCCGGCUCUACGCGCUAGAUCCCAAAUCAUCCGUCGUGAAAGAAAGCCCGACGCUCGAAGAGAUUGUCGGCAUUUCCGCAUCUCUGACCGCGGAUGGGAUUAUGAUCCUGCACUGUCCGGGGGCGGAGAAGGGCGACAUUAUCCUGCGGAACGAUGAGCAUUUGAUUGAGUUCUUGAGUCGGUUGGUUAUUGCGGUUGCGGCUAGAGGCAAAGCGCCCAAGGUUAUUGUGGACAACAGGUUAAGCGCUAGUUUCGCGAAAGGCCAGAGCAUCAUUUUGGCGUUUCAGACGGGUCCGCAGCUAGAACAAGUGACGAUCAAGAAGGCCAGCGAUGCAUGGCAUGUGGCUGUCCCCACAUCCAUACAGCCUGCUUCAUGAAUACUUCACGUAAGAAUUUUUAGGUAGUAAGUAUGGUAGAACAGAGUAGACAAAACCUAAUGAGCGGUCUCGUGAUAAUGGACAGCGGUCGUCAUAUGUAAUGGGAGAUCAUUUAGAUUGUGUAGUGAGACUCAUUUUGUCG